AGCACUCUGCUCCAUCGAGUGCUACAAACGAAUGAUUGGUUAGCGGGAGCUAGCGGGUACUUGGUUUUGUGUCGCUGUGUGCGGCAACUAGGGCAACUGCUGCUGCCGCUGCUGCUGCUGCUGCUGCAGCAGCAGGCAGCGGGCAGGCAGACGGGCGGGCGGAAGCAACACCAGUAUCAAAUGUUGGUGGCAAUCGAGCCAGGCACCGGUCAGCAAGCCAGCGUCGAAAGCCACUAGCAGUAGCAGCAUCUAGUAAGUGAGCGAGCGAGCGAGUGAGCGGAUCUCUCAAGCAACCCUCAGUGGGGCAGUGUUCGUUGUGCUGCUGCCUGCAGCGGGGAACCAUCCACUAUCGGCUCGCCGCUAGCACACGACCCAGUCGUUCAUUGGCUUUAUUGCUGUGCACAAGGUGGUGUGGCUAGCGAAGCCGGCAACGGCAGCAGCUUCGCUGGCGAACAGCAAACAGGGCAGUACUAGCGGUAGCCCUAGAGCCAGAAUCAGCACACCACUGCUGAAGCGCCGCGGCAAGCACAUCUCACCGUCGCUGGUUACUGGCUGCUGUUUGCUCGUCCGUCGGUCGGGCGCAGUCGUCGUUAUAUCCAUUGUCUGUCGAUGGUGGCGCUGCCUGGCCGAGUUAGCCCGCUAAGCCUAAUCACUGAUUUGUAUCGUUCCGUUUUGCUCGUGUGUGGUGGACUAGACCUGCGAGACCCGCCGCGUACCAGCCACCGAAUCGUAGUGAUUCGCAGCGCUGGACGUACGGCGUAACGCCCAAAUCAUCAACAACAACAGCAGCAGCAGCGGACUGCAGAAGCAGUGCUAUCAACAGCAGCAAGGUUUCGACGUGCGUAACCGACCGUCUCCCUUCCGAUCCACCCGGCCCGAAACACUCCGAGAGCAGGAAUUGUGCGUUGUUGUCGUGCUCUACACGUCGUCGUCCUUCAGCAUCGUCGGCAAUUUGUGUAUCAUCGCGUGUGUCGCUGUGUGCUUCGCUAGUUGCUUGACCACUGCUGGUGACCGCCGAUCACUGCCGAUUGGUUUGUUGCUUGCUUUUCUCCGUAUCGCUGGAUGAUAUAUGGGGUGGUGGCUGGUUACAUAUUGUGGAGCGUGAAUUGUUGUGCUAGCAGUAGUAGUGCGUUUGUGUGGGAGGCGGGCGAGGCCGGAUGUUACCGAGGUGUGAUUGCAGCAAAGCGAGCAAAUCAACGAGUACAGAGGAAUAUAUUCGAUCUACAGUAAAUACCCAAUUGUAUAAGAUGUAGUGGUGUGCCGCUAACAAGCAACAGCGUCAACAGCAGCGGCAGCAGGAUCAGCACUAGAAGACACGGUGGCGGCAUUGGCAGGAGAGCAACUCACACCGCGAAUUCGCCAAUAGCGAAGGCGCCAUUACCACGAUCACCAUUCUCUCGUCGAUUUCACUCGGGUCGGACUAACACCGACGGGACCGGGGCAAGCUAUAGCGACUUAUGUGAACAAGUCCAUUAUCAUCACGAUCAGUUGCGGCGUCAUAGUGAUGUUGUGCCAGCCAACAGCCUAGUAAUUGAACCGAUGGCUUUCACCACAAGGGGUAGAUCCCGUCGUGGCGGCUGUGGUUGCCGAAUACUGCAGCGACAGUCCAGCAACGCCACCUGCACAUUUAUUAUGCAGAAGCCGUAAGAGGCCAUUGCGGCGCCUUUUGUGCCUAUUCCUACUGCACUACGAAAAUUGCUACGUUAUACUUACGUAGUGGUGCACUCUUCCAAAUUACCCCAACCACUACAACUAAAACAUCGACAACAAUACAAAGGCAUCGUCUGAUCGUCGAGCGUGUUGGAACUUCAACAACAACUACUCCAUUAUACCCAAGUGUGGCUAUUCACUGCAUGGCAUUCCGAUGUAUGCUGUCUGGCCUGAACUAUCGAACUUCGCCGUCCAGCGCCGUAAUAUCCCGUUCAGCAGCUGCAGCAGCGCCGAGAUCGGUAGCAGCCGCUGUUACCGCGGCUGCAGUGGUAGGUCUUUCAUCGGCACCUACACCGUCAGAAGGAUUGAGCCGCUGCGGGAGGGUCGCUUGCAGCUCCGAUUCGAUACAGUGUUCGGCUUCGCAUUCAGUUCCGGUUACGGCGAGUGAAAACAAUACUGUUGUAGGUAGUAGUCGGACAACGUCCGCUAUCGUCUACCCAUUGCCUCCCGUCCAGAACGCGCAACCAGCUAGCAUCGUGGCCGUCAACAAGCUUCAGAAGUCACCGGUUUCUAACCAGCAACCGGGUAGUGCUGGCAUAGCCGGUUCUAUUACCGCACUCGAGCAGCGAAAACAGCUCCAAUUGCAACAGCAACAACAACGACAGUUACAUCAGUUGAAGAGAUCGACUGCGUGCUGUACCGUACGCCAGCAGCAGCAGCAGCAGCAGCAGCAAAAGUUCGUUGUGGUAGCAGCCACUCGUGGAGAUCGUGCUGUUGCUAUCGACACCAAGCUGAACGGCCUCCGCAGGGUCGUCUGCUCGUCAACGUCGCACCGGAGACUCCCGGGCGGUCAGGGGGGCGGCCAGGGGGGCGCCCCAGCCAGAGUGGUGCCUCCAAACGCCACGGGAGGCGAGCCCCUUGACGGGGCAGCUUCGCCCACUAGCCAGCCGACGCCUGGGUCGGCGGCAGUGGCGGGGACGGUGCCGUUGUCACAGAGAGGGUUCCAGCAGCAGACAAUUGCGCCGCUUAGCCAUGGCGCACGCCACGUCGUAACCGGCUCCGGCGUGGUGGCCAUGGGCAGUGUCACAGCUCCCGCCUGCCUGCGCGUUCCUAUGAGCGGGCCAGGCCGAGAGAAGACACGCCUGUCGGGCUCCGAGCAACCCAGCAACGGCCUCCUGCGGCUGGCGGCUGCGCCACACCAAGGCAGCAGCGUACAAGCUAUUGUACAGGGAAGCGGAGGCGUUUCUGGAGGUGCAACAGCCGCUGUUGCUGCCAGUGCUGGUACAGUCGGCGUGGGCAUUGGCGUUACUAGUACAGGUGGCGUCAGCGUUGUAUCAGCAGGUGCGGGAACAACCUUUUCGUUGGCGGCGACAGCAGCGCAAGGAGCUGUCAUCUCGAACGGGAUAGUCGCGGAAAAAACUGGAACGGCAGCAACAGCAGCGCUUGUUGCCUCAAAAGGUUUUCAGUUGCUGAACGGCUCGAGUGCGAUUGCGACGAAUAGAAGUUUGCCCACAGCAGCACCAGCAAGUGUAACAGCAACAACAUCAACGACGAAAGCAAUUCCGUCAUCUGCAGCAGCUAAACCUUCUGCAUUAUCUACAACACAUGUAACUACGUUAACACCAACGACACCUACACCAGCAACUGGAAAGAUAGCCAUAGUGCAAACAACGGCAGGGAGUAAUAGCAUUAGUCGUGGGGGGACCCCGGCAGAUGCCACUGCCAGGGGGGGUCCCAGUGCUACCGUCUCCGUCAAUUUUCAACCAGAAGUCUCAUUAAGCCACUCAUCAUCUUUAUCAUCGUCAGUAUCAUUUUCGUUAAAAACAGAAGCAGCGCCAUCAACGACAACACAGCAGGCGACAACAGUCGCAGUUGCCACGACUUCACCUAGCGCGCCGACGCAAACGAAGUGUCAGACCGCCUCUACAUUGAGCCAACGAUCAGUCAACGUUACAUCAACGGCAGAAGCGACGAAUGCUUCGGACUCCAUUGCAGCAAUUUGUUCUUCAUUAGCCUCAUCAUCAACUCUAGCAUCAUCAUCUCCAGCGCCAUCAUGCUGGAGUUCGUCAGUAAGAAAUGCCGUUACAACGGCUGCAAUGUCAACAGCACCUGUGUCAACAAACGGAGGUAUUCUACCAACAGUUGUUGGCUCGGCAAGGGUUGUCAGCAGCAACAAUCUAAGCAGGAGUUCGGCCAUUGUUCCAUCUGCAAUGGCUGGUACGACAAGCACGUCUGUUAGCACGCGACUUGACCAUCGAACUACCUCAAAGUCCAAGGAUGAAGGAGUUGGCCCUUCACCAGCGGGGUCCAGUGGCGCCAUCGCCGAUGAAACUGAUCGACGUGUCACGGAAGAAUGUGCCGCACUGCAGCGGCGCCUCGACCAGCUGCGCCGGAGACAUCAUCAGCUCAGCCAGCGGGUGCAUCGGGUUCAGACAAAAAGCGGGGUAGAGGUGGCUUACUCCGAGCUGAAGGAAGUGGUCGCUCGAGGACAGGAAAUCUUUCGUAUGCCAUGUCUGAUGAGCAAGAGUGGUCAAUUAGCAGCACAGAUGGCACAGAAAGAAGAGAAGGCUGGCACAAACGUAGGUCGACACCUUAGUGAACAGGAUCGUUCACGUGUAACUCGCCGUUGCGGUAUCCAUUCGGCGGUGAUUAGCAUCUCGGAAAAAUUGUGCGACUCAUCGGCGACAGAGAGUUCGUCGGAAGAGGAGGACAUGCCAACGAAAGUGGACUUCUUCAAUGGCAAACAAAAGCUGACACCGUUUCGGUACGCGACGAGGGACGCUUCCGCGGCACCACGUCACCCAGCGUGGCGCUGGGCCGCGCAACGCGCGGCUAUGGGCGCUCGCUGGACCUGGUUGCAGGCGCAGGUCUCUGAACUCGAGUACCGGAUUCGGCAACAGCACGAAUUAUGCCGUCAGUUGAGGACAUCGAAACAGCCUUGCCUUCAGUAUUCGCGACAACAUUCGUCACAUGAGUCGUCAUCAUCGUCUGCUGCUGUUGCGGCAGGUUCUGCCAGCGCCAGCAGCAGCCCUAGCCCCCAGCUUUCCGCCGGGACUGCAACGUCAACAACAUUAACUAGUGAAGGCCAGUGUGCACGUUCAGUGCCUCUCAACGACAACUUCCGCAAGCGGCGUCUGGUGCUAGCACAACGUGUAUCCUCUCAAGCUGCCGAAUCCGUGCCAAUGGACGCACUUCAGCCAUCAUGCGACUGUGCGGCAUUCUACCCCCGACUUGAGCUGUGUGUACGUUGUUCAUUACUUCACGCACAGUCAAGACGCGAACGCCUGGAGCUCUGUGAAGAGCAACGGCCAGUUCAGUUACACUCUGGAGUGGGCUCUGGAGGAGCUGGCAAUGUCGGCGGAGCCAGCGGCAGUGCUCACUCGCUGCCUCACGGGUCACACCAUGUUGGACUUGCGAGUGCCGCUGCUCACGAGGCACAGCUGGCUCGUCAGCUAUUGAGCACGCCAAGUGGAGAACGGCAGAGCGAGGGUUCGCGAUUGGCUGGCUACGAUGAGCCUUUUCAUGGGGUGCUAUCAGGUCGUGAGGACGUAUCGCUGAGCAUGCACUACGAAAGCCUACUGCGCGCUGGUUACAGCAGUGUCCUGUAUAAGAAUGCCUAUGCGCCUAGCCAUACGGGAUCUGGAGGUACCGCUGAGGCAAUUGUGGAAGCGGUAGCGGCUGGCCGCCGGAAGGAGUCGGCAUUGCGUGAGGAUGGUGCCAAUACCGGUAGCGGACAAGCUGGUGGAUUAACAAGCGGUGCAUCAAGUGCCGGCGCCAGUAAAGGGGAUGAGACAUCGCCUUCGGCCCCGAAACGGAAACGUCACAGCUCGCAUGCCGCGUCCCGAGCCAACAAAAACGAACGAAAAUCAACUGGAGCCAGCGGGAACACCACUCGUCCAACGGCAACAGAACCGCCCGUUUCGAAAAAGAGGCGUUCGGAUAGAAGUCGAUUGGCAUCGUUAGCUUCGGUGGCUCGGCGUAGCAAUUCAGUGGAUAGCCAGGAGUUGGCCGAUGAAGAGACGAUUACUGACACGAAUGCUGAGCGCAACAACUCGCAUCCUAAUCGGCCUCGAAAAACAUCCUACGUCAGCCAACAGGAGAGUAGCUACGAUAUUGACAAUAUUAUUCCGUACGGUAUGAUGAGCUGUACGCGUCUCGUUGAACGACUGAAAUACAAGGAAAUCCUUACACCAAAAUGGCGUCUUGUGCACAUCCCUCCAGAAGAAUCAAGCGCAAUAAAAGUAGGAGGAGGCGCUGUUAUGUCACCGCUUCCAGAACGAACUAAUGACCACGCCGCCUCAGCACCAACAAGUAACAGAUCCGAGACAAAUUCAUCCAGAAGCGCACACGAAGGAGAACAGUCAGCAGGCAAUCGUCAUAAGGACGGCCGUAUCGGUGUAGAGAGCGGCGAGCUGGCGUACGACGGCGGAGACGACGACGACGUCGUCGACGUGGAAGACAUCAGCGACGCGGCAUUGCAGGUACGACACGCUCGCCAAGAAGCCCUUGAGCGUGAACGUUUCUCGGCGUACCUGAAGCCUAAACUGAGUCACCAGGGUGGCCCAUCAUCAUCAGCUACGUCCGUUUCCGCUGGCGCCAACUCGCGACGCGCUCGCACCGAUAGCUCUACGGAAAACAAUAAUGGCUCGAGCACUGGCGGCGGGUCCCGAUCGAAGGAGUUUUCUAGCAGCGGAGCUUCGUCAAAAGUGAAAGAACUCGAUGAGUCGGCUACACCUGGCGGCUCCGACCGGGGACUAUUAACGCCGGCCGCAGGUGGCAAGGUCAAAGAAGACACGGUCUCCAACAGCCAUUCGACAAAGGCCAAGCGACAACACCGAUCGCUGUCGCAAGACUGGACGAUGCUACAGAGUUCGUCUGCGCCGACACCUUACGCGCCACGUCAGUUUCCAUUAUCUGACGCAGACUGGGAACGAAUGCAGAAUGAGAACUCGGUCCAAUCGGACGACGAGAUGCAAACAGCUACGGGCGGCGACAAGGACGAUAAGACCGAUAGUAGCUUACAGGACGGCGCUGUUUUCGCGGAUGACAAGGAGGACGUUGAAUUACAGCCGCCAGUGCAGGCUGAGAAUAACAAGAGGACGCAUGACUCAACCGGACGCCACGGUCGACAAAAACAUCAGAGACUCGUGUCGAACCUAAGAACUGGUGGUACGCCAGAAGGAUUGACGCCGGUAGCUUCGCCCGACACCCGCGGCGGAGUGAAAAAGCAAUCUACCGGCGAAUUGGACCUUGGGGCAAUCCAGGCUUUCGAGCUGUCCAAAGUCAGAAAACAACUUGACAGCCAAAAGCUGGCACCGAGGACAAGGUCCAGUCCCGUUAUCGGCGGUAACGAUGUCGCUGGCAAGGUAGACACUGGCAAUCCUCCAUUGCCUAGAUGGCUUGACAAUGACAAAAGUCCCGAUCCGGAUCUUCUUGAAGAGUUGGCCAACGCAGAGUGGAGCACAGAGGAAGAUGUGGUACAGUCAGAUUAACGUAGAACGGGAUGAAAAACGACGAUGAUGAACAGUAACGACAACAAACUAAACCGGAACAUUGACGGAUUAGAAGACUUGGGGUUCAACACAACAUGCCUUCAAUCGGCUUGCCCGCUGAGUUUAUCCGCAGAAUGUAUGAUGAGGUAUAUGGCAAAACAUAAAUCGAAAAGUCUUUGAGCGACGGGUUGAUUGAAUAGAAAAACGCGAUCAAGUGCGAGCCUGCACACCCGUCUGAGAUGCGUCGGCUCAUGUACACCGAAACAUUGCAAUGUACAUAACACCAUAAACCUUCUUAAUCACUGUACAUAGCAGUCUGUUGUACUUACAAACAUAUAAACACACAAACAUGCGCAUGGCAGACGAAAAUAUUAGAAAAGCCAGCACACAACGCGCGAAAAUUACAUAUGGGGUCGAAGGCGAAGCCGUUGACUAUAAUAAUAAUAGGAUGAUAUUAUGAUAAUCAGUGAUGAUAUGAAUAAAGACAUUAUAAUUAGAAUAUAAAAAUAACAUAUGGCAGCAACUGCAGCAGAAGCAGAAAAAUAAAAAUUAACAUAAGGAGAAAAAACAGAAUGCGAUGGAGCCGCACUGUUUUGAUAUCCUCGUUCGUCUCUAUUCAAAGAAAACACAUGUUUUAGAAUGGAAAGUCAAACGAAUGUGGUACAAAAUUAAAAUAAUUAUUAAUGAUACCUUCAAAGGGUGUUGGCUUCUGAAAGUUUAUUAAUCAGGUAUUUUCACAGUGAAUUCCUAGUUCGGAAAAAACUGCGGGAAAGUGGUAAAAAAGUGAAAAUUAACUGCAGUUAAAUUCGGUAACAAAAGAAGUAAACACAGAGGUGAAACUGCGAGAUAGUCUUAUCUGUACGUUGGGUAUAUACAGAGCUGGCAUGUACGUGGUUAAUAAAUCAUUAAAUAUUA